CAUUAAAUGCAAUUCAAUACACUCUUGUCUUUACUUUUUAUAAAUAAAUAAUAGCAACAAUAAACAAUGAGCUAAAAAAAAAUUAAUAAAAAAAAGAAAAAAGUUUCGAAAAUUUUCGCUUUUUUCUUAUGUUAGUAAAAUAGAAAUCGACAUAUUUUUUUUAAUUAUAAUUAAUAUUAAUUGAUAUUAGUUUAUAUAUUGUUUUUCUUAUAACAAAGUAAUUAAAUAAUUAAAUUAUUUAUUAAUAAAUUAAUAAAUAUUAAUUGUUUCGAUUUAAUCGAAUUUUAAAAAAAUCGAAAAAAACAUCAAACUUAUGAUAGGUUAUGUUAUCAAACACGAGCUUCUUUGUUUUGAUGAUAAUCAUCAUUUUUAUUUUGUCUAGUUGAUUUAAUGACAUUACCCAUAAAUUGUUGAGUUAUAUUAUGAUUAAUUGAUAUUAAUUGACAAAUAAAAUGGACAAGAUUGACGAACAAAUUGGUGAUGAUACAGAUGCUAAGGAAUUUUAUACUGAUGCUGCAAAAUAUUGGGAUAAAGUUCCAGCAACUGUUGAUGGAAUGCUUGGUGGAUUUGGUUUUAUUUCACAAACUGAUAUUGAAGGAUCACAAAAUUUUCUAAAAUCACUAUUUAUCAAGCUCAAAAAUCCACCAGAAAAUGAUUAUGCUCUGGAUUGUGGUAGUGGAAUUGGAAGAAUAACUAAAAAUUUAUUAGUUAAAAAUUUCAAACAUGUUGAUCUUGUUGAACAAAAUAGUAAAUUUUUAGAUACUGCUAAAGAUUUUUUAUCAAGUUGUUCAUCUAAAAUUGGACAAUAUUAUCCACAAGGACUACAAGACUUUUGUCCAGAACCAAAAAAAUAUGAUGUCAUUUGGUGUCAAUGGGUUCUAGGUCAUCUCAAUGAUGAUGAUUUAGUUGAAUUUUUCAAAAAAUGCAUAAUUGGAUUAAAGGAAAAUGGUAUUUUAAUUGUUAAAGAAAAUGUAACAAGCUCAAAUAAAGUUGAAAUUGACACACAAGAUUCAUCAGUAACAAGAGCAUAUGAUGAUUUAAAAAAUAUAUUUAAAAGAGCUGAUUUAGCAUGUUUAAAAGAACAAAAACAAAUUCAUAUGCCACGUGGACUUUAUCCAAUAUUUAUGUUUGCAUUGAGAUCAAGAUUAACAACUGAUAAAAUAACAACAAAUGAAACAGUCAUUUAA